UCCUUCUGUCCUCUCUUCAGUACGUGUGAGUGAGCAUGAGCAAGUUAGCCUCUGAAGGCACCAGGCAGCUGGGAGAACGGAGCGUGUGGCGGAAGGAGUUUGCAGUUUGCUAACAUGGCAUGCCUUUGUAAACAAAGCAAGAGGAAGACAGGAAGAGACACUGGCUGCCAUGAUACUGGACAGAGUCAUCUGGAUCUACAUCACCUUCUGCCUUGGGGCCACCCAGCACCCAAGAGGACAUCACUGGGAGUCAACAACGGCUGGUCCCAUUUUCCAGAACAAACCAUUUAUUGUGGUGUGGAACUUGCCCACAACCAAGUGUCAAGAGCGUUUUGGGAUCCCUCUGCCCCUUGGAGAUUAUGGCAUUGUGGAGAAUUUAGGCAAUGUGUUUCGUGGACAGAACAUAACUAUCUUUUACAAAAACAAGUUUGGACUCUAUCCCUACAUCUCCCCAGAGGGUGAAUGGUAUAAUGGGGGGAUACCCCAGAAAGUCCAUCUGAAAGGACACCUAGAGAAGGCCUCAAAAGAAAUUAGUGAGCUUUUGCACCAUGGCUUCCGAGGUCUGGCAGUGGUUGACUGGGAGGAGUGGCGACCUCUCUGGAGACGGAACUGGGGCCCCAAGAACGUUUACAGGGAAGCUUCUAAACAAUGGGUCAGGGUCAGAUUUCCUGAUCUGCCCAAAAAGGAACAAUCCUACUUGGCAGAGGCAGAGUUUGAAAAGGCAGCUCAGGUACUCAUGGAGACCACCUUGGGCAUGGGGGAAAAGCUGAGUCCACAGGGCUUCUGGGGCUUUUACCGAUUCCCUGAUUGCUUCAAUGACAACUGGGAGAAAGAAGAGAUGUACACUGGCCAGUGCAACCCCAAGGAGGUCCAAUGGAAUGAUCAGCUCAUGUGGCUCUGGAAGGUUUCCUCCGCCCUCUACCCAAGUAUCUACCUCCCGCCUAAACUCCCCUCAGCUCAACACCAGCAUUAUGUUCACUACCGCCUCGGAGAGGCAUUCCGUGUGGCCCGGUUUGGCCUGAAGCAGCCCCUGCCGGUGAUAGCGUAUUCCAGAGUGUCUUACAGACGCUCCUCAAGGUACCUAACUGAGACUGACCUGGUAAAUACCAUCGGAGAGAGUGCAGCACUUGGAGCUGCUGGGGUGGUGCUCUGGGGUGACACCUCUUACUCCCAUUCGCCUGAGAGCUGCAGGAGCCUUCGUGAUUACAUUAUUUCCACACUGGGGCCAUAUGUAGUCAAUGUCACUACAGCAGCGCAUACAUGUAGCCAGCAGCUGUGCCAUGGGAAUGGACGUUGUGUGAGACGAUACCCUGGUGAAUGGGGAGCCUUCCUCCAUCUUCACCCUCAGCACACAAUGCAGGACUUUGUAGACCAAGGACUGUCAGCCUGGGAACUAUUUCAGUGUCACUGCUAUCCUGAAUGGACUGGUGCCUGGUGUGAGAGACCACAGUGGAUAGAGCCCCUCCAAGGCCCAGAGUGGAACCUAGCUUCACAAUAUUAUGAUAUCUAUAAUACAGCUCAUGACAACAACGCAGUCAUAAGUUCAAACAUUUGUCCUCCCUCCGUCUAGGAUGAAAAGACGGAAGAACUCGGAUAACUCUGCAGAUGUAGCACUUUAACUAAGGGUAUCUUUGAUUGAAUUUUGUUCUAGGGAGUUGUUUCUGAGCUGGAUAAUCUUUCAGUUUCCUUCAUAGAGUAAAGGGUUUGCUGAAUAACGGUCUGACUUAGACCCCUACACACUCCACAUUCUAACCGCCUUAUACUCUUUACUACCAAAUCAAAUAAUCCCAGACACUGGCUGACAUUCAGACUGUCAAAGCAUAGAUACUAGGUAAGAAUCGCUGAUGCUGCUGAAGGUUUUGACUAAUGGAGCACCAGUAAUCACACAGGGGUGUGUGUAUGUGUAUUGAGUUUCAUUGAGCACUCCUUCCCUCCAAAGUGCUCUGUGCCACCUAAAAAUAUGUCUCUGAGGGUCACACAGACCUCAGGAACAUAUUUUGGGGCGGUGCAGACCAUUUCCAGGGAAAGAGGAGGAGGUCACUGAAAUUAACACACACACACACACACACACACACACACCAUGUGAGUGCCAGUGCUGCCUUAGUCAGGAGCUUCCAAGCAGCACUGGUGCUUCUCAACUAGCACUCACACUUUGUAAGUCUGGUUGUCAAGCCCCACUUUCAAGGCUGAAGUCUUCUCUAGGGCUGUGCAUGCUGAUUUUACAGAGCUUUUGGAGCUGUGGGAUUCUAAAGUAAAAACAUAGUCAUUGUUGGGUUUUGAAGCUCUGGGAUGAUGCACAUCCCAUACAAUAGGGAUAUGAUCUUAACAGUUCUACAAUUUAAACACUGCAUGUGCAUUACCAGUUUGCAUAGUAAAGAUAUUCAGAGUUUGCAUAUGCCAUGAUAGAGCCAAUGCUGUGAAACAGAAACAUUUGUCAAUAUGAUUAUCAUCCAUGCUCUGUGCAUACAUUUGUAAUACUAUAAACCUAUUCACACAUUAUGUUCAGCACUCAUACAACACAUUUACAGUGUACACAGGUACAGAUUUGUACACAGGUACAGCGAUUCACAUGUUAUGUUGAACACAGGUACAGAAGUACACUUCCUAUCUGUACUGUGCAUUUGAAGGGCCUGUGUUCAGGUUCACUUUUGAAAUGAACACAGGUACAGUCAUUCACCAGCACAUGCACAAGUGUACUGACAUCUGUUCACUUGUACAGCAUAAUGUCUGAAUUGGGCUAUUGACUGAAGAUAAUUGAUAUUUUAGGGCAUAACAUCUGCUCUGUUGUAGCUUUUCUCCCCUUCCUCUGUACAAAUGUGUCUAAUAGCCACAAGAAAGCAAAUUGACUGAAAUAAUCCACUAUCAGCACAUCACCACAAUGGAUUCUGUGGCUCGCUCUUAACUCUUUUUAGAGCAAUGAGUUACAAUCCAGAUGCUUUUCCUCUCAGCAGUGCUUCCGUCACAAGGCUAUUACAUUUUGCCAGAACAAACUGAUAUUUUUGUUACUGGGAAAAGGCAAUGUUCCAUCCAAACAUAGUUACAAUUAUGUGUGAAAUAUCGAUUAUAAUAAUAUGAUACUUGCCAUCAACAGCAAUCCACAGCAUUGCAACAAGAGAGAAAGAUUUAAAUGGUUCUUCAGAAACAGUAAAUCCAACAGUCUCCUGAAGUAAUUAUCAGGGGUUCAGGUCUCCCCUAAGUAUUUGAGGAAUCCCCCCUCCUCAUUUUACUAGACUUUCCUCCACCAAACCCAAUACCCAUAAGCUUCAGUUCUUAAAACACAUUUUUCUUUCCCCAUGUCUUUCCUCCCCCACCCCCAGUUUGAAUGAGUUGCUCAUCAAGCUUUCCCUUUGCUUAAGUCCAGUCAAAUAUUUUCUCUUAAGAAGCCACAAUCUCAUGUUGUCAAUUUAUGUUUUAAUCCAGUUCUCAAGCAGUUAAUCCCAAUUUUAAGGAUGAGGGUAGAAGAACUUCAUGAUAAAUUAAUGGAUCAACAUCAGAUGAAAUUUAUUUAAAUAAAACUAUGAUCAGAACA